AUGGCUUCAAAUACCUUCGACCAAUCACUUGCGAGGCUUGAUCAGAUGAUAGCAAUAAUCAAAUCCCGCAUGACUCCUACGGAGCUACAAGCACUUGAAGCAUUCGAUCUACUAUCCUUUGACGAUAAGAUGGCCCAAUGGGAAGCUCGAUCUAGGCCUACUCAGCCAGCCACUCAGCCAACUCAGCUAGCCCCUCAGUCACCUACUCACCAAUCCACUCAGUCAGCCACUCAGCCAGAGCACUCAGUUAAGCAAGAGGAGGAACUACAACAGGCACAUGCGGAGAACACUGCGGAGAAAGCAAGCGGCAGCAAGGCCAUCAGCACCAAGAACACGGCUCAGCUCUCCACGAUCCCACGUCAAAUCCUCUCCACGCUCCCACGUCAAGCCAUCAUUCAGCAAGCGGAGAACACCACUACAAUUUGGCCUCUCAUCCCCACUGCAUUGAUAUGGUAUAUCACUGCAAUGAGCACACAAGAGGAGGAUCUACUACGACGAUCACAGCCAAUUGGGCCUCUGCAGGAGGAACAUCGGACGAUGCAUAUUUGGACGAAUUGA